GACCUGAACUGCGAUUCCGAGAAUGGCAUUUAAAACAGGCAUUUUUAGAUUGUCCACUAGUUGAUUUAUAUGCGGGGAGGUUCGAAAUGUCUACGUCAAUUUAUAACGCUGGAUUAGAACUCCAAUAACAUCAUAUUCGUUCCGCGAUAUGUGAAUGUAUCCAAGUAGAGCCAUAAAGGGUCGUUGAGUUCUCAAUGCAGACAGCCCGGGGGUCAUAAGUCCCCAGAAUGUCCAAGUGGUACAGGGACCUUUUUUUUCACAUGAAGGGAGAAGAGGGGGGCGGGGGUGGCAGUUUAAACUACAAAAGCGCUGUAGUCUACAAAAGUGAAAGUAAUGUCAAAAGGCACGCCUGCACAACGUCCAGAGCAGACACUAAAAGGGGGAAUCCUAAUGGUUACCAAGGCAACAUGACAAGUGACUUGGCAUGGAUCAUCAGAGCUUGUCUCUUUCAGGUGUGCCUGUGGAGAGCCUGUCUGUGUAAGGCGAAUGACUGCAUGCAUAACGAACUUCUAACAGAAAUGGUAGAACGUCUGCCAAAGGGCUAUUUGUUCAGAGUGAACAAAAGUGAGGAAACAUUUGUUGCAAAAGCCCUUAGCAGGUUCUAUGGGGAGAACUGUAAGAAGGACUUUGAAUGCAAAGAUUACACUGAAGACAAAACAAAUUCUACUGUAUGUUACUUACUGACCUGUCUGCAUGGGAAGGAACCAGAGUGUGUCUCCAAUGUCACAUACAGUCUAGCUGACGUGGAGUUGGUCAGUUUGAAAGGCUUCAAGUGUCUGGUUGAAGAUGCAUUCAAUCAGAAAUAUAAUUUGUCACAAGAACAAGAGGACGAAUGUGCUGAUGUUUUUGUUGAUGCAGUGAGAUGCCAAAAAGCAACUACACUUGAUACAAAAACUCCAACAAUAUAUACAACCACAUUACCCACCAUAAAUUACAAAACAUCGUCGAUCCCGCCCAAAACGUCAUCAUCAACAACACCACCACCAUCAUCAUUAACAUCGUCAACAAUAUCAAACAGCAACAUGGAGUCACAAGAGCAGCGAUUACAAAGGAAGGUCAUAUCAGUCAGUACAUUGUUAGCUAUCUCUCUGAUAGCUAAUAUCCUCCUUUUGGGUGUUGUCAUCUUGCGGACCCGGGGGAGACGCCAGCAUGAGGGCGUGUCUCUUGCCAUGCCUGAACUGACAGUAUUGAACGCAGUAGAGGUAAAUCAUCUGAUGCAGAACGACAACGGAGAUGCUCUGCAGCACUGACCCCGUUCAGUGGAAUAAUCCAGCUCUCUUCCAUCUGCCACCAUUUGCCCCUCGCUUUCAAUGGACAAAUAUAUAUCCUGAGCCAAAGAAAAGGAGCCAACAGUCCUGCCUGCCUCUCUCUCUCUCUCUCGCUCUCUCUCUCACACACACGCUUCACACUUCCAGGGCUGAGGCCACAACUCUUCUCCUGCCACUGGGAUUCUGGAGUUACUGUUGCAGACAUUAAUAAAAUCUCCCCUCCGUGUGUUUUAAUGAGGAGAAUGGGAGAACAAAUAAAUGUCCGUCUGUCAAGAGUCUCUAAAGAACAAGACAUGGAUUAAGGGAACACGGUAGUCUUGAAUGUCACCCCCUGCCUUCAGCUGUCCGUUCAGCCCAAAGAUAAUAUGUUCAUGUGAAUGGGAAGAAAACAGUGAGAUGAACAACAAGAUGAACCCUUUAGGGACGUACAUUAGAACUAAGAUGGUCCGAUAUUGAGUAUUAUUGUACUUUGCUGAAGUACAAUAUUUUACGAACAAAGCCUGCAUCCAUUCCUGACUGUGUUUAGAUGAUGUGGCUGUGUUACUUGAUGAAAGGGGAUUUUAUGACACAUAGGGAAAGAGAAAUAUCAAAGGAGUAAAUCAGUGAAGAAAAAAAGAUGAAAUAAAUAAAGUGAAGACCAUUUUAUGUACAAAGUGUGUAUAUAUUUAGAGUACCAGUCAAAUUUUGGACACACCUACUAAUUCAAAAAAAAAAAUCGGACUAUUUUCUACAUUGUAGAAUAAUAGUGAA